UGAAAAGGGAGUCGGGCAGAGUAGAGCAGGUGAGAGACGACCAACGGACAGAGAGAGAAGGACCCCUGGGCAAAUGCAAACACCUCAUGCCACUGUGAAGGCUUUGUUAGAGCACACCUGCAGCUUGCUUGACUUCCAUUCGUUUAGCUUCCAAUGACCAGGGAAUACUGUAGCUGCAGAGUGAUCCCCACAAUUCACACCUCCUCCGUGGGACCCCCCCAGUCGUCCAACUUGGCCUGAAGAUGUGUUUUUGUCUACAGAAGGAAGAAUCGAUCAGGAAAUACCUGUAAUACACUAGAAAGAGAAAGAGGGUCAUCUGACAAUAGUAUCACUAUACAGGUCCCUCUGCUCACAAGGGAAAUAUUUGCCUCAAGAAGCCAUCAUGGAUUUCGUGAAAAACACGCUACACCUCUGACACCGAAUGGCUGAUCUUGGCAAAACUUGAUAUAUGGCAUCGAUGGACAAAGGACUGCAAACACACUAUAAUCCAGGCUAAUAAUCCACACCAAAAACAAAGAAGAGACAGGGGGAAAAAGAGGGUGUGACAAUCAAGACCAAAGAAAGGGAGAAAAGGAUACAGAACACCCCUUAAAGAUGGCGCAGAUCCUUCAGGUGUGGCACACCAAGGUGAGGCCCCUGGAAGAGAAUGUGGACCUGGACAAAAUGGUUGCUUUUGGUAGCCAACCCGAGUGCUCUAUCUGCUACAACACCUACGACAAUGUCUUCAAGACGCCCAAGCUGCUGGACUGUUCCCACACCUUCUGCCUGGAGUGCCUGUCGCGCCUCAUGGCCAUUUCGCUAGGGGAGCAGGAAGGAGGAGGCAGCAGCAAGAUCCCUUGUCCAUUCUGCCGCCACCCUACCCUCCUAACCAAGGAGGGUCCGCCUGCCCUGGCCACCAGCCAAGAGGUACUGUGUAAACUGCCCAGCCACCAGCAGCACGAGGAACCUGUGUGGCUUGAUGGGGAGAAGCUGUGCUACAAGCGGCCACUGGAGGCCAACCCCGGAUCAUCCAGCUCCACCUCGGCCUCCUGCAUCUCCAUCGACAUCGGGGCCAGCAAGGCAGGCGAGGUCCUUGCUCAGACAUGGCCCCAGCACAUCGGCUUCCUGGAGCAUCUAAACAACUGGAAGCGGCUGCUGCUCUUCAUCAUGUUGAUGGUGCUGCUGGUGGUCAUCGUGCUGUGGCCCCUGCAGUGCAUUGUCACCACGGGCAAUAUGCGCUGCAUGCCGCGUUCCGUGGGCUCAGUACACGGCGUCACCACCACCACCACCGCUACCCCAUUCACCAGGAUACACAGUCUCACAAAGGGAGCCUUUAAUUAAAAUACAUGUAUGUAGUAGGCCAGAUACCUGGUUCACAAGUCCACAGAUCCCCAGAGUGCUUAUUGAAAGGCACAAGGCCAUGUGGUUAAUGCCCACGACUGUCAGUUAGGGGCUCGUAAGGAAGCAUUUCACUGUAAGGUCUACACCUGUGACUAAUAACAUUUGAUUUGAAUCAAAGAAGACUGAAUAUAGAACUAAACGGUGAGAGACUGCACACUCCAUCCAAUUGCUAUAACAAUUGAUAACGGUGCGCUCAGCGUCAUUAUUCUGACAAGAAAGUUACAAAUAACAAUCAUAAUGAAAUUCAUACAUGAAUUCCAAUCCUUGCACUUUGAUUUAACUGAUAUUGUUUGAGAUUUUCCUUUAUAAAAUUGUUAUUUUGUAUUAAAAAUAUAAUAUGUGGAUUAAAUAUGUUGUAAUAUUCAGACACAAUCUGGGUGAAAUCUAUUCAUAUCUACAGUAUCAGAUUUGUGGGCCACAGUACAYCAGUAUAGUUUGACAGCUAGGUCAUUUUUUUCAAACCAAAUCCGUCCGACAUUACUUUCACAACACACUGAAGGCAUUAUUGUUGUGUAUCCAAGUCAAAGCAGACAUUGAAACUCAAUACCUUAGAAACCUCCACUCAAAAUGUUCAGUUAAAGAACAAUGUUAAAGUUCAGCUGUCUUAUCUGAUUUGAAAAUAAUUGUAUGCCACAACACAAUGCUGAAAUUGUAAGUGUAUAUAAAUGUACUAUUGUUCAUUGUACUAUUUUGAUAUAUAUUUAGUUUACCAUACUACAAUAAAUGAAAAACAACACAGGCAUGGUCUAGGUUUAGGAAAAUAUUGCAUAGCUUUGUUCAUGAACAGCUUUGUACAGCACUUACUUAAUCAGGAUUGACCAAAAUUACAUAGACAUGAAUGGGUGGCRUUGGUAGGAACUAAUGAUUCAUGGACUGCUGUUUCCCACUUCCUGUUAGAAUCUUUUUAUUUUAUUUGUAUUAUAUAUAUUUUCUCUUAUUUUCUUACAUUCCAAAAACAAACAUAUACAUACUAACAACUUACAGACACWCAAACAAUGACUACAUCUCCCCUGCCCAGACCUGCAAGCUCACUCCCCCAUCCCUGCAUUAUUGUUUGCCACUUGGCCUUAAAUUGUACCAAUUUGUUUUUCCUCGGUCGCCCAUGCCAUUUCAACAUUUCAAAAAUAAAUAAUUCGAUUUUCCCA